AUGGACUUCCAGAGGGAGGGCAGCUGGAGCUUGUCCUUCUCCAGCUCAGGCUUCUUGGGUCUGUACCACGUAGGCGUGACCCAAUGUCUGCGGGAGCGCGCCCCGCGCCUCCUCCAGGGCGCCCACCGCUUCUAUGGCUCCUCAGCGGGCGCCCUCAACGCCAUGUCCAUAAUCUGUAAUAAAUCAGUUGACUACUGCUGCUCAAAUCUCCUGGGAAUGACCAAGGUGAUCAACAGGCUGAGUCUGGGAGUCUUCCACCCGGCUUUCACCCCCGUCCAGCACAUUAAACAGGAGCUGCAGGAGACUCUGCCUGACAAUGCCCACAUCCUGGCCUCCAAGCGGCUGGGUAUCUCCAUGACCCGAUGGCCAGAUGGCAAGAACGUCAUAGUUACCAACUUCGCCACCCGCGAUGAGCUGAUUCAGGCCGUGAUCUGCAGCGUGUACAUCCCUUUCUACUGCGGCAUGAUUCCCCCCGAAUUCAGAGGCGAGCGCUACUUUGAUGGUGGUCUGAGCAACCACAUACCCUUCAGUGACAAGAACUCCACCAUCACUGUGUGCCCCUUCUCCGGGAGUUUGGACAUCUGUCCCCAGAGCACCUCGGCUAGCAUGCACGAAGUGAACACCUUCAACUACAACUUGCAGAUGUCCACCAUGAACAUCUUCAGGGCAUACCUGGCCCUCUUCCCCCAGAGUCCAGAGGUAGUGGCCGACACCUGCAGACAAGGCUACCUGGACGCACUGAGAUUCCUGGAGAGACGGGGACUCACCAAGGAGCCGAUACUGUGUAGUCUGACAUCUAAGGCACCCCCAUCCCCUGCUGAAGGAGCCCAGGACUCUGGCUGCAACCAGGAAGGGAAGGCGGGCCUGACUCUCAACUGGGCGGUGCCAAAUGUGUUGGUCAAGGACGUGCCCAACUUUGAGCAGCUCUCGCCAGCACUGGAGGCUGGCUUGGCUGGUGAUCCGGCCUUGGUGUGGGGGAGGGGCUCUGAAGGCCCUCACAUCAGCCUCCUACAUGAUGCUGAAAUCCUAGAGACCAGCGAGGAUGAGAAGUUUGGGAACAUCAGACAGGUGGUCUUGCCCAGCACAGCUGCAGAAAAAGCCUGGGGUGACCCCAAGGAGAGGCGUUGCGCUUCCUGGUCACUCCUGUUUCCCCACCUGUACCGCGGGGGCUGGGAUAAGGUUUCUGUCAACAGCACCUGA